CUACACCCUCCUGUCGAGCCAGGAGGCGAAACAGUAAGGGAUUAUUACGUCAAAACCCUGCAGCAUGUGCACAUACAUCACACCACAUCGCUGGAUCAGAUCAUGCAUGUUUCCUGAUCCAGCAUUACACACAAAAUUAUUCAAUUUCAACCAUACGAUUCUAUAGACACGGUUAGCAUGGGACGGCGCUGGAGGGUUCUUAGUUGUUGCUUGCUGCCUGCUCAACGCAAGGGAAGAUCGCUCGUCUCGUCCGAUCUGCCAUGGGAAAAGCUACCGCACACAUGUCGCACAGACAUUAGGCAUCAACACGUUGUGGCACAAUGCUCAGGCAUUGGAUCGAACUUAAUACUGGCUGCUGAGAUUUAUCGCGAGAAUUUUCCCGCUCUAUGCCACGAUUGGAAGCAUUGUGCGCCUUUUUUUCGUUCCUGGUCGAGUCCGGACCAUGCGGGUCAGACGCGGCAACGGCCUUCCUAUUCCGAUGCGAGCAGGAGGGGCUGGCACAAAUAGAAGGAUGGGAUUGCGGAUCCCCGUUUUGAUUCAGAUUUUUCCCUUAAUAUCUCUGUUCUUAUUUGAAAAGGAGAAAAGAUGCCGUUUUACGAUUCACGGAGAUGUUAUCUUAUAGACAGUUACUUGAGUUGGAGAGAAAAUACGUUGAAU